GAGUGUAGUUUGAACUGCACUCGGUUCUCUCUUCCUUUACAUGAUUUGACGUUUUCACGUUAGCUCGACAGCGUGAUUGCAGAUUCGCGUAUCGACAAACAUGGCGCGCGGCAGCAGUGCUGGCUUCGACAGGCACAUCACGAUCUUUUCGCCGGAGGGCCGGCUCUACCAAGUGGAAUAUGCCUUCAAGGCCAUCAACCAGGGUGGCCUCACGUCCGUGGCCGUCAAGGGUGUCGAUACUGCGGUCUUCGCGACACAGAAGAAAGUGCCAGACAAGUUACUCGAUGCAUCCAGCGUCACUCAUGUGUUUCCCCUGACCGAAUAUAUCGGUUGCGUUAUGACGGGUAUGAUAGCCGAUAGUAGAUCCCAAGUUCAACGUGCUCGCUAUGAAGCUGCUCACUUCAAGUACAAGUACGGCUAUGAGAUACCUGUGGACGCCUUGUGCCAGCGCGUCGCCGACAUCAGUCAGGUGUACACACAGAACGCGGAGAUGCGGCCGCUAGGAUGCUCCAUGAUGCUCAUUGCGUACGACAAAGAGAAGGGCCCGUGUAUCUACAAGGCCGAUCCAGCCGGAUACUUCUGUGGCUACAGAGCUAUCUCCGUGGGCGCGAAACAAACGGAGGCGAAUUCCUACCUUGAGAAGAAGUUGAAGAAGAAGCAGAAUUACGAUUUUGACGAAACCAUACAAUUGGCAAUCACUUGCCUAUCUACCGUCUUGUCCGUAGAUUUUAAACCGACCGAGAUCGAGGUUGGAGUAGUAGCCAAGGAUAACCCUAAAUUCCGUGUCCUGACCGAGCAAGAGAUAGAUAAGCAUUUAACCGCGAUCGCGGAGAAGGAUUGAUAAUCUUGUAUACAGUUCGCAAUAAAUCACAAAACGUUCUGCUUAA